ACCUCCUCUCUUCUCUUGCAUUACCUUCGAGUGUUAGAUUGAAGAGUGUGUGUGUGUGUGUGUGGCCAAGUCCAAACUCCCGCUUUUUUCACGGGAUAAAUGAGGUUUAGGUGUGUGUGCUUGCCUGGAACACAUCCACGUGACCCUCAUUGUUAAAUAGAGCGAGGACUGAGGACGUGUGUGUGAAGAGCGACAGACGGACACACGGACACAAACACCCUCAGCAGCACUCUAGGAACCCCCACCACUACUACUACUACUACUACUAGCAACGCACUACAAGCCACUACUACUACUACUACUACUACUACAAAUCAUCAGUGCCUUAGUUGAAACCUUAUUCGAUUAAAGAGCUAAAGAGUUACGGUGUUUGGUGCAAUCUGUCAGUGCUUUCCAUCCGUUCCUCUCCAUCUGCUGGCCACGGUAGACAGACGGACACGCGGACAGAUCACGUUUGGGUCUAUUCGUCCACUUAACUUGUGAUAUCCCCACUGGAGAGAUUCGGAAAUGUGUCUGUCUGUCUGCGUGGCGUGGAGCAAUUUGGUGUGUCUCUGAGUUGAUGGAACAGAAGAAUACGGGCUCUGUGUGAUGUGCCGUUGACUUGACUGAACGGAACACCCCUCCUGCUGGUGCCACGACUCCUCCGCUGUCCACCGCUGCUGCCGCCGCCGCUGCUGCAAUUAUUCCUGUACUUCUGUAGGUGUGUGUGGCCAUGGUCGUAGUGGCGUGAAGGUGGAUGGCCCGAUGGCCCCUCAGAUGCCCCAUGCCUCCACCAUGACCACCAACACGAUAGGCCGCACCACGCGAGCUGACUACAACAAGGAGGCCCUACACCAGAUCCGGGCCUCCCUGCUGCCCUAUGCCGCGGGGGGCGGCGUUCCCCGGGAGCGGCUGAGCCCCGUCAGCUCCGGGGGCGGGGUGAGCGCGCUGUGCCAGGGCACGUUCGGCCUGGUGCCCUCCGAGGAGGAGCUGCAGCGGGUGUACAAUGGCUACCCCGCCAAGGCCGCGGAGGGGAGCAAGAUCAUCCGCAAGUCAAGCUUCGACCGCGAGUUGUCCCUGCAGCGCGGCAGCCCCGCCCUGGACGGCAGCGGGUCCGGCGGGGCGCGCUCAGACAGCCCUGGCAUGGGGGGGCAGUUCUACUACAGCAACAGUGUGCCUGUGAGGCACUACGCCGAGUGCCCCGCCCCGCCCCGCAUGGGCAGCGGCGGCGAGGUGCCCGAGCCGCCCCACCCCUCCGUGCCCAUCCAGUACGGCUGCUCCUACCCCGUGGCCGCCGACGCCCCGCCUCCUCCCCCACCCCGCAGCCAGGGCGCCUCCGUGCCGCCGCCCACGCCGCCGCGGGGCACCACGCCGCCGCCGCCGCCGUACGGGUGUCCCACGAGCUGCGCGCCCAGCAUGGUGACGGGCAUGGCGCAGCGCCCCAUGCUGCUGUCCCGCCUGUCCCCGGGCCCCGCCAAGAGCAAGGCGCAGGCAAACUACGUCAACAUCAACAGCGUGUCCCAGAGCUCCACCCCGCAGCGCGGCACCAGCCCCGUGUCCUUCCCCGCGGGGCGCUCCCCCGUGGUGGUGCAGAACAACCCCCAGGUGCAGCAGCAGCUGUCCCACCAGAUGCAGGCGCUGGCCAUUAACUCCACCGGGCCGCAGCUGGACCGCCCACCCCCCUACCCCCUGGGGUCAGCCCUCAAGGGCAAGCUGGCGGCGCCGCCCCCCUCCUAUAACGUGACCAUGCAGAGCCGUCAGAGCCCGACGCAGGACUGCCGCCGCAGCCCCCCACAGCUGGCCUAUCCCGCCCCCCACCCAGUGUCCCCCUCCUCGCUUUCUCCCCCCACCUCCAUGUCCCCGGCGUCGCUGCCCCGCGGCGGCCAGACGGCCCGACAGGCCAAGACGCCCACGCCUAUCAUCAUGCAGAGUGUGAAGAGCACGCAGGUGCAGAAGCCCAUCCUGCAGACUGCCGCGGCGCCCGCCGCCCCCGCCUCACCCCCAGUGUCGGGGCCGCCGCCGUCCUACGCCUCGUCCAUCCAGCAGAAGCAGGCGGCGGUGGCUCAGCAGGCGGCGGCAGUGCAGGACCUGGGCCUGGGCCUGGAGGGCGGCGAUGCGGUGCCCUGCGGGUACCAGCUGGGCGGCAGCGGCAGCAACGUGCCUACCACGGACCCCCGCUAUCAGUCCACCAUCCAAGCCAUGGCAGCAGCAGGGCGCGGCUACAGCCCUGCCUACCUGCCCCCCAUGGCCGGCAUCCCUGUGCAGGACACGCCGGUGCAGGAGCUGGACCUGUCCCUCACGCCCCUGGCCCACAUCCCCAUCAGCCAGGUGUCCACGGUGGACCCUGGCCCGGGCCACGGGGAGCUGCCGCUGUCCUGCUACGACCAGCACGACCCGCACGUGUCCGCCCUGCAGCGGAACUUCUCCCCCGUGCCGGCAGACACCGCCUCCACCGCCUCGCGCUCCGAGAGCCCCAUCUCCUCUGUGGACACCCACGCCACCUCCAACUCGCCAGUGUCGUGCUUCUCCUCGCCCUCCACGCAGUCGGAUAACACGUUGGAGUCUGGCUACUCCUCGGGCCAGUCGUGCCGCGGGGUGCCUCCGCCGCCGCCACCAGAAGAGAAGACCACACACCAGUCGCCCAUCCCGGAGCGCAAGAAGCUGAGCAAGGAGAUGGAGCAGCAGCGGCGGGAGUCGCGGGUGUGCAACCUGUCCCCACAGGCCUUCAAGUUCUACAUGGAGCAGCACAUCGAGAAUGUGAUGAAGUCCUGCGAGGAGCGAGAGAACCGCCGCCUGCAGCUGGAGAAAGAGAUGAAGAAGAUUGGCCUUUCGGAGAAGGACCAGAACCAGAUGAGGAAGAUGCUCUCCCAGAAGGAAUCCAACUUCAUCAGGCUGAAGCGCGCCAAGAUGGGCAAACACCUCUUCCGCAAGAUUAAGACCAUCGGCGUGGGAGCGUUCGGAGAGGUGGCGCUGGUGCUGAAGGUAGACACACACCGCCUGUACGCCAUGAAGACCCUGCGGAAGGCCGACGUGCUCAAGAGGAACCAGGUCGCCCACGUGAAGGCAGAGAGGGAUAUUUUAGCAGAGGCGGACAACGAAUGGGUCGUUAAGCUUUACUACUCGUUCCAGGACAAAGACAACCUGUACUUUGUAAUGGACUACAUCCCUGGCGGCGACCUCAUGUCUCUGCUCAUCAAACGUGGCAUAUUUCUCGAAGAUCUAGCCAGGUUCUACAUUGGGGAGCUGGUGUGUGCGAUAGAGAGCGUACACAAGAUGGGCUUCAUUCACCGGGACAUCAAGCCGGACAACAUCCUCAUCGACCGCGACGGACACAUCAAGCUGACGGACUUUGGGCUCUGUACUGGCUUCAGGUGGACACACAACUCAAAGUACUACCAAAGAGUGGGCGACCACGACCGGCAGGACUCAAUAGACCCGUGCCUGGACAACGACAUCGUGUGUAACUGUGACGACCUGAAGCCCUUGGAGCGGCGGCGGCGGCGGCAACACCUGCGCUGCUUGGCACACUCGCUGGUGGGCACGCCGAACUACAUCGCGCCAGAGGUGUUGUCCCGCACCGGCUACACACAGCUGUGCGACUGGUGGAGUGUGGGCGUCAUCCUGUACGAGAUGCUGGUGGGACAGCCACCCUUCCUCGCCAGCACGCCCCCGGAGACACAGUCCAAGGUGAUCAACUGGGAGACCACACUGAAGAUCCCCAAGCAGGCCAAGCUGUCUCCGGAAGCCAAGAACCUCAUUCUGAGCCUGUGCACCCACCCUGAGAAGAGACUAGGACGUAACGGAGCGCAGGAAGUAAAAGACCACCCUUACCUGCAGUCUCUGGAUUUCGAGGGCGGCCUGAGGAAGCAGCAGGCACUCUACCUACCAGAAAUUAAACACCCAACAGACACCUCGAACUUUGACCCAAUAGACCCGGACAAAUUAAGACCUAGCGAGCCUAACGAGAGCGACCUGGAGUGGGUGAACAACGAAGAUCAGCCUCUGCAUGCGUUCUUCGAGUUCACCUUCAGGCGGUUCUUCGACAGCACACCGCGGGGAAGCAGCAACGACGAGAAGGAUAGCCAGCACCCCGUUUACGUAUGAUCCUUGUCGCGUCAGUCCGUCAGUCUGUGAAAGUCCGCCUGUUUGCCGGAUCCCGUCCCACCUUGACGUGUUUUUCGGUUCGUCCAGCCCCGCCUUGCCCCGUGCGUGUCCCGCCACACCCCCAAGGGCACCCCAAUUGCCUUUCAUACUUUAAACAACCUUCUAGUCUUCCCCAAACCCCCACAGUAAGGGGCUCAAACACAUGGUAGUUUAUAUAUAUAUAUUUUUUUAAGCCGUUCGUCACAGCCUCUGGUUUUCCCACUGGGUGACGGCAGCCUGGGGGAAAGUGCAGCUCGGGUCACACUUGUUUGGGGGUGCGGGUGUGGCGGGUGUGGGCCGGCUGGUGUGGGCUUUCGGGUGUGGAUGCAAUUCGAGACUCACGGUGGCUGUUAGUGAGUCACCUGGGCGAUUUAGUCAAGUCAGUCACCCAGUCAGUCAGUUAGUCAGUGUGGCGGUGGGUGAGGCAAUAACUGACGGGUGACAUAAUUCGCCUGAUUAGUAAUGGACACCACCAAUUCUUUAUUUAUUAUUAUUUUUUACCCUUGAAGAGCAGCAUGGAUUUUUUUUGUAGUGUUCCCUUCCCUAAUACUCAAGCGAGAGAGAGAGAGAGAGAGAAGGAGAAAGGGAAGGCAACUAUAAAUGUUUAUUAAGGGAGAGGGAGGGCGAAUAUAAAUGUUUACAGACGCGGUUGGGCGACCAAAUUUUUAAUGGGGACCUUUUUAAAUGAGGCUGUCCUUCUUAUGGUGAAAGAUGUAUGCCCCCACUUCUUUGUCCUGUUAUUGUUUUUCGUUUUUUUUUUUUUUCUUUUUUAGGGGCCACUUUUCUAUUAAGUUUAUAAGCCAAUUGAGGCAGCUGAGGAGUCGUUUAGUAACGCAAGAGGAAGAGUUGGAAAUGAGAACUCGGGAAUGGAUGGAGCAAAGACAGAAAAUAUUAAUUGACAGGAGAAGGAGGAGGAAGAGGAAGAGUUGGUAAAGGGAAUGGUUAAAAAAAAAAAGAAGUUAAGGAUGGAAAAUAAUAAUGAGGAAAAAUAUAUAUAAGCAGGAAUUUGAAAGUGGAAGAAAAAAAAAAAAGAUUGAUGGUGAUAAGAAGAAAGCGUCAGAUGGAAAAUAUGAAUGAAAGGAAAAAAUGUAAGCAAGAAUUUACACAUGAAAGUAAAUAACAAGGAAAAAAGGAAAGUAGAGGAGAAAAAAAAGUGAAUUAAAAAAAAAAUUGAUACGAAGGAAGAAAAGAAACAGAAAAGAUUAAAAAGCAAAAAAAUAAGUGAAAUAGAAGAGAAGGGAAGAAUUAGAAGAUAAAGAAGGAGACUGAGAAACGAAGAGAGAUAGAGAGAGGAGGAAUAGCAAUCUCAUUUACAUGUAGAGAGAGAGAGAGAGAGAGAGAGAGAGAGAGAGAAGCAAGCUGUGAUUUUGUAUAUUUGAGUUAGGUGAAGCGAGAGAGGAAGGCAGUGGGUGUUGCUGUGUGAUGCAGGGUUUGUACAGAGCAGGGGCUACGCUGAACCAAAGACAAAAUAAAGAAGGAAUGGACCACAUUAAGCCGACGCGCUAAACGGAGCAUUUGCGAUGGUUCUUUUGGGCGUCACUUUAUUUAUUUAUCUUUUUUUAUUAUUAUUAUUAUUUUUUAGCAUCAUCCGUCAUCAUUAUUUCCUUUCUUUUAUUUUUUUUCUAUUUUUUCCUUUAUUAUCGUCUUCAUCAAUCGUUUUUUUCUAUUUUUUUCCUCUUAUUUUUAUCGUCUUCAUCUGUUUAUCAUCGUUAUUUCCUCUCUCUCUCUCUCUCUCUCUCUCUCUCUCUCUCUCUCUCUCUCUCUCUCUCUCUCUCUCUCUCUCUCUCUCUCUCUCUCUCUCUCUCUCUCUCUCUCUCUCUCUCUCUCUCUCAUCACCAUCCCAGUUAGUUAUAUUUUCAUGAGAUACAAGAUGGUAGGUACAAGUCAGUCACACACACACACACACACACACACACACACACACACACACACACACACACACACACACACACACACACACACACACACACACACACACACACACACACACACACACACACACACACACACACUCUUUCAGUCCACAACACAAACCAAUCAUACACCAGUGACUAAGCAAUAAGCAACUUUCAUAACACGGGGAAGGCUGACUCACGCCCUUAUUACCAGUCAAUAAGCCGCGGCGAGUCACAGGAGUCAGCGAGAGUUUGAAUCGAGUGGCGGGAACCGAGAUGUAAACAAAAACCGCGCGAGAGGAAGUCAGAGAGAGAAAUGAAUAAAGGAAUCAUUGAAUUUCCUCGUUUAGACUCGGCUUAAUGGGUCCUUCUUUUUGCUGUUUAUAGACCCAUUGACACCUCCACCACAAGGCAGUGAGGAAAAUACUCUUCUGUUCGUGUAAUUUGUAAUAGACAAUAGUGUAUAUAUAUUUUUGUAUCCUGUUAAUAAGCUCGUCCUAUCUCCCCCCCCACCCACCCUCCAAUCCUCCCUCCCCCCCUACCCUUCUAUGGGCUGUGUCCUCGUGUCCUUAGCUCCGAGAUGGGUGUGUGUUGAGUAUGACAGGACUAACACACACACACACACACACACACACACACACACACACACACACACACACACACACACACACACACACACACACACACACA